CUGAUUGUUGCUUACCUACCAUUAAUUAAUAGAUUAAUAAUGCAAUCAUUCAGAACUCAUACAAUACACAUUCCAAGUCUGUUUAUGCCAUUGCCAACUCGAAUUAUUGUUUGAUCUCCUCACCCAUUUCUCUGGACAACACCUUGUGCCAUAUAGGAUUCAGAUCUACGACCAAUCAGUUAAUAAUAGAUCGAUUUAUCACUAGGCUAUUGGGGAAUAACAGGAGAUUUGAUAAGUUAAGAUUGAGGAUUUUUUCAACAGAAAAUGGCUGAAACUGAAAUUGAGGAAAUGUUAGAUCACCUGAGAAGGAUCAAGAGUGGAGGUGAUCUGGAUAGCUGCCAUAUUGAAAAAAUUAACAUACUUGAAAUGGUGCUAAGAGAUUUUAGAACCUGUAUAAAGUAUCAUCAUGUUCUUUUGCCUGAUUACUUAGUCAAACUCACAAAGAAUGCCAAAGGGACUGUGCAAAUGCUUCACUGGGUACUUUAUGGGAUCCCAGAUGAAUGUAAAACUAACCUUAUCCUGGAAAGGCUAGAAUCACAUUUGUUGGAAUUCAUUGAAGGUAAUACCAGUUUAAGUUACAAAUAUGAGUUGAAUGAUUUUGAUCUGUCAGAAUGUAUGGAUUGCCUCGGAAAGAAUCUAAAUGAUGUACUGGUGAUGUACCCGGAAGAGGAUAGGUCUGAAGGAGACCUUGAAGAACACAGAUUUAGAAAGCAACUGAAAAUUGUUCAAAAGAAAAUGAGAUUUCUGAGAUACUUAUAUACCACAGAGAUAAAAGGUUACGUCGAUGAUGAGAAGCUGGAAUGUUUGGAGACUCGAAUUCAGUUCAUGGCUGACAAUGUGGGACAGUUUUGUUAUGCUUUAUCAGUUUACUUUGUUCCUUUAUUUGUAGAUAAGGAUGAGGAUGACACAUAUGAGUAUAAUAUCAUGAAUAAACAUCCCUAUAUAUUAUUCUUGAUUGUGUUAGUGGAGCUGGAAAUGAAGAAGAUUUUUCUCAGUGAACUAAAGGCUUCAAAGUUUAGUCAAUCAAGAACUUUCAAGGACAAGAAAUUACCAAAAGGAUUUUCUCAUCAUCUCCACAGUUUGCUGAUGUAUCUCAAAAACAAAAAGCUCAAGAACUUUCCUAAUAUUAUUUCUGCUCAAAAUAUUGAUGUGGCAAUACAGUUCUUGUUGGUUUUCCUUGAUGCUGAUGUGUCAAAUCAUGUUAUUAAUGGUAACUGGUUGAAUGAAGUUAUGGAGAAGGUUGGAGCUAUAGUGGGUGAUGUUCUAUAUGUAAUUCAAAAGCUUCUUCCUACCUCUAUAAACAAAGAUGACACUAGCAAAAUAAGUCUUUGCUCGAUACAAAUAUUGGAGAAAACUAAAGAUCUGAAGGCACAAGUGGAGACUUACUACAAAUCCUUAAAAUUCACUCCAUCUCAGUUCUUUCUCACUGUUGGUGGAUUGAGCUUUCUAGAUUUUUUUUUAAGGAAACUGAAUAAGAUGUCGAAAUCUAAAUCUGGUUUGGAUUUCCUGAUGAAACCUCUUUUAGGUAAUUUGGAGAAAGAGCUAUCAUCUCUUACAUCCAUUUUAGAGAAGGAGCUGUCAUCUUUAUCAUCCGUUUUCAGAGAUGUUGCAAAGGUGCAUCAAGAACAUAAAAUUCUUAAAGAUCUUCAGAGACGUACCAUAAAUUUGGCAUAUGAAGCUGAGGUUGCCAUUAACUCUGUUCUUGCUCAGUAUAAUGCCUUUUUGUAUAUAUUUUGCUCACUUCCUACAAUCUUAAAAGAGAUCAAGCAAAUUAAUGCAGAGGUGGCUGAGAUGUGGUCGGUGGAUGUUGCUCUUAAGCCUCACUAUGUGGUAGCGCCAUCUAAACAUCUACCAACUCAACAUAGCAAUCCAGUGAAUGAUGAGGAGAUAGUGGGUUUUGGGAAUGACAUCGAAAAAAUGAUUCAGUAUCUGAUUAGAGGUACAAGGGAUCUAGACGUCAUCCCAAUUGUAGGCAUGGGGGGACAGGGGAAAACGACAAUUGCUAGAAAAGUGUACAAUAGUGACAACAUUGUUUCUAGUUUUGAUGUUCGAGCAUGGUGCCUUGUUUCCCAAACAUAUACCCGGAGAAAGCUAUUACAAGAGAUUUUUAGUCAAGUUACCGGUUCCCAAGACAUGGGAGAUAAGGAUGGAGAACUUGCGGACAUGUUGAGGAAAAGACUAAUGGGAAAGAGAUAUCUCAUUGUAUUGGAUGAUAUGUGGGAUUGUAUGGCAUGGGAUGACUUAAGGCUUUAUUUUCCAGAUGUUGGAAAUAGAAGCAGAAUAGUCGUAACCACUAGACUUGAGAAAGUGGGUGAGCAAGUCAAGUACCAUACUGAUCCUUAUUUUCUUCCAUUCCUCACAACAGAAGAGAGUUGCCAAUUGUUGCAGAAAAAAGUGUUUCAAAAGGAAGAUUGCCCGCCUGAACUACAAGAUGUGAGUCACGCAGUUGCAGAAAAAUGCAAAGGGUUGCCUCUAGUGGUUGUCUUGGUAGCUGGAAUAAUCAAAAAAAGGAAAAUGGAAGAAUCUUGGUGGAAUGAGGUGAAAGAUGCUUUAUUUGACUAUCUUGAUUGUGAGUCGGAAGAAUAUAGUCGGGUGACUAUGCAGUUGAGUUUUGAUAACUUACCCAAUUGUUUAAAGCCUUGUCUUCUUUAUAUGGGGAUGUUUCCGGAGGAUGAAAGUAUUCCAGUGUCUAAAUUGAUUAGUUUAUGGAUCGCGGAAGACUUCGUGGAGAACAUUGAAUCUGCUGAAGAUUACUUGAUGGAUCUCAUUAGCAGUAACGUGGUAAUGGUUUCAAGGAGAAGUUAUAAUGGUAAAGUCAAAUGCUGUCAGGUUCAUGAUGUAGUGCUUCACUUUUGCUUGGAGAAGAGUAGAGUAGAAAAGUUUAUGCUGGCAGUGAAGGGGCAUGCUAGCCAGUUUCGACGUUUGACUCGAAAGGAAAGUCGAGUGAGCCUCAGUUUCAGUGAAGAGCAUUCCAAGUUUGCAUCUCUAGUCUCCAAAGCAGAGAAGCCUUUCCACCAGCACUUGAGGUCACUGAUAACGACCAAUCGAGGACACUAUGAUGAUGGGAUUCCCUGUCUGAUUAAUAAAUUGCGACUUCUUAAGGUCUUGGAUUUAAGUUCUAUUUUGGUGCCUACUUUGUCGUCAGCUACAUUCAAACCACUAAUUCUCCUGAAGUACCUGGCAGUUUGGGCCGGUCAAUUCGAUUUUCAUCGAGAAUCACAUCUGCCCCAUCUAGAAACUUUAACUGUGGUGAAUAACAGUAUGGUACUAUUACCAGCGUCUUUUUGGGAAAUGGAAAAAUUAAGGCAUGUUGAGAUUAGGGAUGCUGAAUUUGAUUUUGAAGAGGAUAAGCAUGGGAUGUUUGAAGGAUCCUCUAAAUUGGAAAAUUUGAGGAUAUUAAGGAAGGUUAGAGUUCCAGUUGAUAGGGUGGAUGUGUUAUUAAGGAGGUGUCCUAAUCUUCAACUACUUGCCAUUGAUAUUUGGAACAAUUCUGCCGAGCCUGUUUGUCUCAAAUGGGAGAGUCUUACCCAGCUUCAAACACUUCGCCUUUCCUUUGUGCGUCCCAUAGUUUUAUCCGGGUUACAGUUGCCUUCAAUUUUGAAGAAGUUGGUACUAUUCGAGUCUUAUAUAGAAAGCGUGAUUCCCUUCAUUGCGGAGCUACCAAGCCUGGAGUAUCUCAAAUUAGAAUAUGUGCAUUCUAUUGAAUUAAAAGAGUGGUGCCUUGGAGAUAUUACUUUCCAUAAACUUAAGUUGUUGAAACUGGUGCAGUUAGAAAUCUCAACGUGGGAUGCCUCGGAGGAAUCCUUUCCCCUGCUUGAAACACUUGUUAUAAAAUAUUGUGAAGAUCUAGAGGAGAUCCCCCUUAGCUUUGCAGAUAUUCCAACACUGAAACAGAUUAAGUUGAUUUACUGCAAGAAUGAAUCUCUGAAGGCUUCCGCUGUGAGAAUUAAGGAAGAAGCCGAAGCGAUUGAAGGAUGCGACCGUAUUCAAAUCACUAUCUAAGAUUUGGGGGGAAGGCUGUAAAUCAAGUAUGUGCCUGCAACCACAACAAUGGUAUCGUUUCAAUUUUGGGGGGUGAUUUACACCCGAUAUUGGAAUAAAUGCGCAAAUUAUGCUUUUAGAUUACAUGGUUUUAUGUCAAUUAUAUACUUGGUAUAUCUUCUAGUCUCAAUUCUUCAUAUGCUUUUGAAAUAAACGUGUAAUGACACUUUUUACUCAUAAAUAAUUUUUUUUUAAAAAAAAGUUAUUCAAUAUAAUUUAUUCUUGCCAAAUUUCUUAAGUUACAGACUCGUGAGACGAACUUGAUGAACACAGUAAGAUAAAGAUAUAGCCUGUC